GAUGGCGGGAAUUUUGUCGUUUCUUCAGCCAACUGUGCACUUAUUUCGUACUUAGAGGGUUUUUUUAAUUAUUUUUUCUAAAAUGGUACAACUCCAUAUUCGUGGCGUGGAUGUUGAUUUUCCUUUCCCACCAUACGAUUGUCAAGUUUCUUACAUGGAAAAGGUUAUUCAAUGUUUACAAGAGGGAAAAAAUGGCAUUCUCGAGAGUCCAACUGGAACAGGAAAAACCCUUUGUUUGCUGUGUGCAACACUGGCUUGGAGAGAAAGUUAUGUGGCAAAACUGCAGCUUAGACAGAGGCUUACAUCUGAUCAAGGUGGUUCCAGUUAUGUGCAAGCAUUAGGUGAAGAACUACAGCAUGCUACUAAUGGAGGCUCUUGGGGAGCAACAGAUGGUGAUAAAGGUUCUUUUCUUGAGGCUCCAAGAAUUUUGUAUUCUUCGAGAACACAUUCCCAGCUGUCUCAGGCUGUGCAGGAACUUAAAAAUACAAUCUAUAGACCUAAAGUUAGUAUCAUUGGAUCUCGUGAACAGCUUUGUGUUAAUAAUGACGUCCUGAAACAGGAAACUAACUCGGCAAAGGUACAUAUGUGCAGAGCUAAAGUUCAGGCAAGGACGUGUCAUUUUUUCAACAAUUUGGAUGCAAACAAGGCUAAUAAAGAUUUCACACAAAGUAUCCUGGACAUUGAAGAUUUGGUGGAACUUGGACAAAGACACAGGGUAUGCCCAUAUUACAUGGCCAGGGAAUUGAAGACCACUGCAGAUAUUAUAUUUAUGCCUUACAACUAUCUCUUGGAUCUCAAAUCAAGAAAAGCAAAUAAUGUGGAUAUUUCUGGCAGCAUAAUACUUUUUGAUGAAGCACAUAAUUUGGAAAAGACUUGUGAGGAAACUGCAUCCUUUGACCUGACAUCUUUUGACAUAGCAUCAUGUAUAGAGGAUGUGGCACAGUGUAUUGAAAUUAUUGAAUGCCGUGAACAUAAUGUAUUGGAUGUUACUGAAACAGCAGGUGAUGUAGAUAUUAGCAAAGAAGACCUUGCCCAUCUUAAGUCUUUGUUUAUUGAACUUGAGAAGUUGAUAGACAUGCAAGAGUUGCCAAAGAAUGGAGAUGGUUUGACAAAACCUGGAAGCUUUAUGUUUGACCUUCUUGGCAAGCUUAAUAUGAAUUUCUCCACCAAGGACCAAGUUUUAGAAGUCCUUGAUAAAUGUAAUACACUGUUAGUUGGAGAUACGCAAAAGUUUAAGGGAAAACAUUUUGCUCUGCAAAAAUUUUCUGAUGCUUUGCAGAUCAUUUUCAGCAAAGAUGUGCAAAACCAGUCUUCUAGUUUAAAUGAAGCAAAGUUUUUCAAGGUUCAUAUCCAACUUGAGCCAGACAGUAAUAAGAAAAAGAAGAAUCUGGAUGUGUGGACAACAGGAUCAAAGAUUUCUAAACAAGGUAGGACAUUAAGCUACUGGUGUUUCAGUCCAGGACAUGCCAUGAAAGAUCUGAUGUCUUAUGGAGUAUGGACAGUCGUGUUGACAAGUGGAACCCUUUCACCACUUGAGUCUUUCAGAGCUGAAAUGCAAAUAUCAUUCCCGAUCCAACUGGAAAAUCCUCACGUUAUUGAACAGCAUCAAAUGAUGGUUGGUGUGAUUACAAAAGCACCUGAUGGAGCCACCUUAAAUUCAUCAUAUGAGACAAGGUUUACAACUGAGUAUAUGACUGGUCUGGGCAAUACAAUAGUUAAUUUCUCCAGAACUGUACCAAAUGGUCUUUUGGUCUUUUUUCCUUCGUAUCCCGUGAUGAACAAGUGUCUGGAACACUGGCAAAAUUCUGGAACAUGGUCAAGAUUAGAACAGCACAAACCUCUUUUUGCCGAACCCAAAGGAAAAGGAGAUUUUGCCGAGACCAUGGAGAGGUUCUAUGAAAAAAUUAAUGAUCCGAGUUACAAUGCUGCAACUUUUUUCGCUGUUUGUCGUGGAAAGGUCAGCGAGGGACUGGACUUUGCUGACAUGAACGGCCGAGCUGUAGUAAUAACAGGUCUCCCUUUCCCGCCAAAAAUGGACGCUAAGGUUCGCUUAAAGAUGAAUUUCCUGGACGAAAAUCUUCGGAAAGCAAAAAGUUCGUCAUCCAAGGGUCUAAGCGGCCGACAGUGGUAUCGUCAACAAGCUUCCAGAGCUGUCAAUCAGGCUGUGGGUCGCGUCAUACGUCACAAGCAGGAUUUUGGUGCCAUUUUAUUAUGUGACGUUCGUUUCACUUACCCGGAUGCAGUUCAACAGUUACCAAGUUGGAUGAAACAAUACGUCAAAGUAUAUAAAGACUUUGGGUCAGUUCAGAGAGAUCUUAUUCAUUUCUUCCGCACUGCUGAUAAAAUGGUCGACAAGUCCUCAAUGAAGGUCAAAUCAUUUAAAAAUAAUUCCAGCCGGGCCGAAAAUACGUCUGCGAAAAAAAUUUCUGACGAAAACCUGUCCCAUAUAUCAAUAGAAGAAACGGACCUUCAGAAAAAUAAGAGAAAAGAAACCGUAAAAGACGUUAAAAACCUGGCAGCAAGAGAAGCCCCUGUGUCGUCCCUUCGUCUUAAGUAUGUGUACAAGUCAUCUGGAGUGAAAGACAUGGCAAACACAGCAAAGCCAGCAAGUUUGAUCGAAUCCUUAACAAAUUCGGAGACAGCCCCGAAAGCUGAGUUGCCUAAAGAAUCACCAGAGCAAAAGGAGAGAAGCCUGUCAGAGGCCAUCAUGAAGAGAAAGGAAGUAAAUAGAACAACUAAGCCCAAGAAAGUUUUGAAGGUGGUUAAGGUUAAAGAAGAAGAAAAGCCGAGAUCGAGUGCGGAUCAACAUACAUCAUCACUCAACAAGGCUCAGAAGCUUAAUGAAGCUAAGAUGUAUAUAAGUAAGGUGAAACAAGCGCUCAGUGAUGGGCAAUACAGAAUAUUCUCUCAAGUUUUGAGCAAGUACAAACAGAGCCUCGACCUAGACUUUCUCAUCGAAGGACUUACGCCGCUGUUCACCGCAAUUGAAGCACAGUACCCGCUUAUGCUCGGUUUUUCAAGUUUUAUCCGGGAUCCAGCGGACAAGGUGCGAUUCUUUGAAGCUUACAGUGAUAUCACAGGCUCAGAUGUGCCUUCACAUUUUAUAGCUGGUCUUAAAGUUAAAAAGGAAAAAGAGUCGCAACCUGUAACUGACGAUUCUUGUAGAGUUGGUAAAAAGAGGAAAUCUGAGGAAAAUAAUCAGACACUUUCUCAUGAACAAAGCAGAAAAAUAACCAAAGUACAGAGCAGAUCAGACAAGGUUUUCAAGCCUGAAUAUGCUUCAAGUCUGUCUGGGACCAGCUCGCGUCUUCUUGACAUCACCAAACAUUUGAAUGGAGGAGGCUUGUAACAAAUCUGAUUUCGACUUGUUCAUAACUGAACUUGAAGUAUCUUUUGCGAAUUGUGUCAAAACCAGAUCAUUGAAAUUGUGAAGUGUUAGCCGUAGAUAUUUUGUUAUUUUUUUAUUUAGGAAGAAAAAUAUACUCCUGUAGAAAAAUUCAUAUGUGAUCGAUGGUUCUUCCCUUUGUGUUGCUCGGCGUUCUUGCGUGAAUUCAUUAACUGAUUCGAUUAACAAAUCAUAGUUACCUAAAUUGGAUUACAGGACAUUUCUUUCAUCCACAUCACGGGUGCAACCUCUAACUGUGCGUUUUGACGCAAAUUAGUAGUUGUUUGAGUGGCAGCUGCUUAACACUUUUCUUCAGUUAAAGCUCAGUAUUUCAAUUCUCAAAACUGAUCCCCAUAAUUUUGCUUUCAUGUCUAUGGUGGGAAUUUACUAAUCAAUUGAAGACAUUCCUUUCCUUCUCAUCACUGUUUCGUGUGACAGAAGGGAGGGGUUCAACAGAGUGGAUGAAUUCUAUUAUGAGAAAUGGAAUAGAAAUUCUGAAAGAUUGACAACACGUACUUUCGUUGUCCUUGACGACGUCCAAACUGUGAGGGUUCCCUUUAUUUACAGCAAUCCAACUGAUAUAUUGCACAAAUCAGAUAAUUGUUUAGUCUUAAUAAAACGAACUCCAGAAGA